AUGAGCCACACGUGCGUCAGCUGUGCGCUCGAGUUCCCCGACGCCCCCGCCCAGCGGGCCCACAUGAAACUGGACUGGCAUCGCUACAACUUGAAGCGCCGCGUGGCACAGCUCCCCGCCAUCAGCGAGGCCGUGUUUGUGGACAAAAUC